CAAAGAGUGCCCAUCUCAGAAAGCACCUCAUUUGAACCAAAAGCACGGAUGAGAAAGAGAGGCUUCCCGGAGAAGUAGCGUUUGUGGGUUUCAAAAUGGAUGGAGCAGAUCACAUCUCUGGGUUCUGUUGUUUUUGAUGAAAAGUUUCAUCGAGGACUGAGCUCUCUGCUUCACUUAACCUAAAGAAAUUCAAAUUUCUGUUAUUGCAAUUCGGACAAGAUGUUAUGUGCUUGCUCAGGGGAGCAAUUCAAAUUUGAAGAGGCACCGCAGUCGCCCGAGUCACUGGCGACGAGGGAUUUCUCGGCGAGCGGCCUUUCAUCCAGGACUGCUGGAGACUGGGACUCUAAACUGGAGGAUAUUCAAGUGGAUGAAGCUGAAUCAACUCUCAAAGAAGCCCUCUCAUUGAAUUACGAAGAAGCUAGAGCGUUGCUGGGGAGGCUUGAAUACCUGAGAGGGAACUUUGACGCUGCCCUUCAGGUAUUCCAGGGCAUCGAUGUUAGAAGUUUAACCCCUAAAAUGGUCAAGGCUAUAGUUGAAAGAACUCGGCAAAGAAAGCCACGUUCUAAAGGUGAUAUUGUACCUGCCAAUGUCAUGUCAAUGCAUUCAGUGAGUUUACUUCUUGAAGCAAUCUUACUUAAAGCAAAAUCACUAGAGGAACUUGGGCAUUUUAGAGAAGCUGCAAAGGAGUGCAGAAUUAUUUUGGACAUAGUUGAAUCAGCACUACCUAAUGGUAUGCCUGAAGGAGUUGGUGAAGAAUGCAAAUUGGAGGAAAUGUUUCAUAAAGCAUUGGAGUUGCUACCAAUUCUGUGGAUAAAGGCAGGUUUGGUUGAUGAAGCUAUUAUUGCAUAUCGCCGAGCUCUAGUCAAGCCAUGGAAUUUAGGUCCACAGAGAUUGGCUGGAGUGCAAAAAGACUUGGCUUCCAUUUUACUUUUUGGUGCUGUUGAAGCAAAACAUCCCCCUCACUUGCAACCAUGUGGACCAGGGUCCCCCAGCACUAGUAUAGAGGAAGCAAUCCUUUUGUUGUUGGUUCUUAUGAACAAGGUGGCUUAUGGGGAAAUCAAGUGGGAUGAAGACAUUAUGGAUCACCUGACAUAUGCACUCUCAAUUAUUGGACAGUUUGAAUUAUUAGCAGAGCAUGUGGAGCAGGCCCUUCCUGGUGUCUAUAACCGUGCUGAUAGAUGGUACUUUCUCGCUCUUUCUUACACUGCUGCUGGCCAGAAUGAAGCAGCUUUGAACCUUUUAAAGAAAGCUUCUGGCUUUUCAGAAUCAAAGCACGAACCCCAUUUCUCUUCCUACCUGUUGGGUGCGAAAUUGUGUUCUGAAGAUCCAAAGCAUGCUCACGAAGGCAUUGAUUUUUCUCGUAAAAUGAUUAACUUGGCUAAUCAUCAAAGUGAUCAUUUCAUGGGUGAAGCCCAUAAAUUCCUUGGUGUUUGCUAUGGGAAUGCAGCAAGAAUUUGCUUAUCUGACUCUGAAAGAAUUGUCCUGCAGAAAGAGUCUUUGAACUCUCUAAACCAAGCUGCUCUAAACAGGCAGGAGGAUCCUGAAGUGCUGUAUAGCCUUGCAAUUGAGAACACCCUGCAGAGGAAUCUAGAUGCGGCUUUUGACAAUGCAAUUAUGUAUACUGAAACCAUGGCUGGUAAUUCAAUGAGAGGCUGGAAGCUACUCUCCCUUGUAGUUUCCGCCCAGCAGCGAUUCAAGGAUGCAGAAAUAGUCGUUGGAUUGGCUUUGGAUGAGGCUGGGAGAAUGGAUCAGUUUGAACUUCUCAGGUUGAGGGCUGUGCUUCAAAUUGCUCAGGAACAGCCUAAGCUGGCAAUAGAAACGUACAGAAUAUUGCUGUCUCUUAUUCAAGCACAGAGAGAUCUUCAAGCCAGGAAUCCUGAUCAUGCAAAUGUCUUUGAGUCUGUGAUACUGGCAGAAAGGAACUUGGAACUGGCAGUGUGGCAAGAUUUGGCUGCCAUUUACACUAAACUUGGUUCAUGGCCUGAUGCCAAAAUUUGCAUGAACAAAGCAAAAUUGAUGGACUUUCAUUCUCCCAGAAGUUGGCACACCACAGGACUGUUUUUUGAAGCUCAAUCAUUGUACAAAGAGGCCCUUGUUUCUUUCUCAAUGUCACUGUCAAUAGACCCAGACUAUGUUCCAAGUGUUGUCUCCACUGGAGAAGUGCUGAUGAAACUUGGAAAGCAAUCAUUUCCAAUUGCAAGGAGCUUUUUAAUGAAUGCAUUGCGCUUAGACCCCACAAGUCAUCAAGCAUGGUUCAACCUUGGCUUAAUUUCGAAAAUGGAAGGCUCAUUACAGCAAGCUGCAGACUUUUUCCAAGCUGCAUAUGAGCUCAAGCUGUCAGCUCCUGUGCAAAGCCUAGUAUGAAAACGGUUUUCCAAUUAUUUCAAGCAGAAAUUAUCCCAAAACAGGAAUAAUCUGCAUGACUUAUCAUUAAUCGGCCAUUUGAUUGCAUGGCUGGAAAACUGAGCUUGUUCCACUCGUUCACUCACCAUGUCUGGUUAUAGAUUCCCUUGACUAAUUUGUAUAGCAAAUCCUGCUUUAGGUUGGAAUUACUCCUGUUUAUACCCAAGUUUUUGAGCAUGUGUGUGGAUUAAAAAUUUUGUUUCAAGCUGAAUAAACACAAUUCCUUUGUAA